AUGCGCGCCUCUGCCCGUGUCCUCGUCUCCCACAUCCCCCGCCGUGAGGCCUUCAUCGUCGCCUCGAAGCGCACGCCGUUCGGCGCUUUCGGCGGCUCGCUCAAGGACCUCAAGGCGUCCGAGCUGGGUGGUAUCGCGGGCCGCGCUGCCCUCGCCGAGCUUCCGUCCGAGCUUGAGGUCGACCAGGUUUUCUUUGGCGGCGUGACUCAGACGGACAACUCGACGCCGUACCUCGCCCGCCAUGUCGGUCUGCGUUCCGGUCUCGCCGACGAGGUGCCGGCCCUCACUGUUAACCGCCUCUGUGGCUCGGGUUUCCAGGCCGCCAUCACUGCUGCUCAGACAAUCGCUCUCGGUGAGGCGGACGUCUGUCUUACUGGUGGUGCCGAGGCCAUGUCUAUGGCGCCCAUGACUCUGGGCGGCGCGGCGCGUUGGGGCAUGCGGUUCGGCCAGAACCAGACUCUCGAGGACUCGCUCUUCGCCUGUCUCACCGACCAGAACCCUAAUGGCAAGCCCACCCCCAUGGGCAUUACCGCCGAGAACCUCGCUCAGAAGUACGGCAUCACGCGUGAGAUGGCCGACAACUACGCUCUCCAGUCGCAGAUGCGGUACCAGGAGGGUCUCGCUGCCGGUGCGUUCAAGGACGAGAUCACGCCCGUGACUAUCAAGGGACGUAAGGGCGACAUUGUCGUCGACAAGGACGAGCACCCCAAGGGCAAGACGACCAUCGAGUCGCUCCAGAAGCUCCCGUCCGUCUUCAUCCCCAAGACGGGCACUGUGACCGCCGGUAACGCCUCUGGUAUCUGUGACGGCGCGUCCGUCAACAUUGUCGUCUCAGAGGACGCUGUUAAAAAGUACAACCUCAAGCCACUUGCGCGUAUUGCUUCGUACAGCUGGUCGGCGUGCUCGCCCGAGAUUAUGGGCAUUGGCCCCGCCGUCUCGGUCCGCCAGGCGCUCGCCAAGAUCGGCAUGAGCGUCCACGACAUGGACCUUAUUGACAUUAACGAGGCUUUCUCGACUCAGUGGCUCGCUGUCCAGAAGGAGCUCGAGCUCCCCAACGACAAGUCCAACCUCUUUGGUGGCUCCGUUGCCGUCGGCCACCCCCUCGCCGCUUCGGGCGCCCGUAUCACCGGUAACCUCGUCCACAACCUCAUCCGCCUCGACAAGAAGUGGGGUCUUGGUGGUGCCUGCAUUGGCGGUGGCCAGGGCAUUGCCAUCGUCCUUGAGCGCGUCUAA